CUAUCGGUAUGCGAGUCUGCAAGACGACAAAACUUCGCGAUAAUUAUUUAACACGCAAGUUAACGAAAUGAAUAGUACAUUUCGAGAGUCUUUAAGUAAGUAACUUAGUAAUUAUAAAGUCAUUUAUGAUGGCUGGAAGGUGCGUUCGAGUUGACCCACCGUUAGUCGAGUUCAACGAUGUCAAAGUCGGGAAGGUUUACAGAGCUACAGUCACGGCAACUAAUGUGGGGAAAGCUUCGACGAAAAUAUUGAUUGAAAAGCCAACUUUAAAGUUGUUCAAGUUAUCGGCAUCAAGCUCACCCAAAGUUGUGGCUCCUGGUCUGUCUGUGAGUGGUUUGCUGGAGUUUACUCCAGAGGAAGAGGAGGAGGUCAGAGAUUGCCUUCUGGUUCAUGUAGAUGAUGUAGAGACCAUCAAAAUCAGACUGCUGGGGUUUCCCAGGGUUUGUUCCUUUUUAAUUGACCCAGUGCUAGACUUUGGGUGUAUUACUGCAAGCAGUCAGAUUAUCAGCAAACACCACCAAAUAACCAAUCAGGGGUCUGCACCAGGUUUGUUUCAGGUGCAGUAUAAUGGAGACCCCUCAGUCAGACUCUCACCCUGCAGUGGAGUCAUAGCAGCUGGUGCCACCCAGUGGCUAAAAGUGGAACUGUGCACAGACAGGCCUAGGCAGAUUGAGGAAAAGGCUCUAUUAAAAGUCCAGAAUCACCCUGCUGCAGUUCUCAGUAUACGGGCUAAGGUGGUGGACCAGCGCCUAGAGCUUUUUGACUUGCAGGGGGCUCCACUGUCCUGUCUGUGGUUUGGACCUGCAUACUUUGGUACCUCCCGUGUGGAGAAUGUAGUUCUGAGAAACAAUGCACCCAAGCCAUGUGACUGGGUCUGCCUGCUCCAGGACAGUGCUGCUGGGACUGAAGUGGGAAUCGACCUCCAGAAGAGCACAGAUGCCGCUCUGCUGGAGAGAAUGAAGAGGUGCAGCCCAGCCAGGACAGACGUCUCUCAGGUCCUGGAUUGUGUUCCCAAACAAGGUCGACUUGGGCCGUAUGACAAAACCACUGUGGCAGUGUGCUUCAGUCCCAUCUGCAAGAGUACAAGUGAAGAGAAGAAGCGUGAACACUCAGCCAGCCGGCAAGACUACUGCCUUUUCCUGCUGUUUGAGUCAGUGGGAAGCAGAUAUGGCUUCACUCACCAUAAUGGUAACAGCAGUGUGGAGCUGGCAGUGACAGGCUCUGGACUCCCUGUGUCUCUGUUGAUGAGUCCCUCUCAAAGAUUUGAUUUCCUCACCUGCGUGACAGGCCAACGUGUGGACUUGCUGUGUGUGCUGCAGAACCUCUGCCCUCAACUUCCUGUUGACUUCUGCUUCCGCAAGGUGGCACACUUCACCACCAAGCCCUCCACUGGCACAAUUGCCCCUGGGCAAUGUCAGGAUGUCAUUUUGUCUUUUACUGCACGGCAGCAAGGCAGCUUCAAUGUGCGUCAGAAACUAGAUGUCUUAGGUUAUGCUAUUAAGAGGGGUGGCAAGACCACUGAAGAUGUUACUGGACUUGAGCUUUGCAGCUUCCACACCAUCACUCUACACCUGUCUGCUGUCUGCCGCAGUGAAACCACGCACCCCAUGCCCAAACUAAAUCCUGGCCUAACUCCAGCAGUGACCAACCCAACAGGAUCACAGCCCCACGUUCAAUCCAGUGAACUGGCUCGCUGUUGUGGGAUGGCGCGGGCUGCUGUCCUCAAUGCAGACAAAACGCGACUCCACCUACAUCACAGGGAGAGGAGUCAGAACAAAGAUGGGGAAGAGGAGUUCUUGGCUUUUCCUAAUGAUCGAGCUAGAAGCAUCAGGCCUGCCUCUGCACACAGACAGUACAGGACUAUCUUCACUGGUAUACGCCGCUAUCGCUACAUGGACACCGAUUAUGCUUUCACAGAGGAAGAGAAGGAGCAGAGACGGCGCCAUCGACAGAUUUACACAGACUUCAUUGAACAGCUCAGACAAACACGCCUGCAGAAGAUCAAGGAGAGACAGCAGGAAAAGGUUGACGAUGAUGUGGAUAUUGGGAUUGUUCCUUUUCAUGGUCUUGUGCCACCUAAACUCCACAUCAGUGACCUGGAGAGCAGUAAGAGCUCAGAUGCCAAGCCGAACUACAGCUAUGCUUCCCCAGUAACCAAACGUAGUUGCCCCCAAGACGUGAUAUCAAUCACCCGACAGGUUAUGAAAGCAGUUCCCUCUAGCAGCCAGGAGGUGGCAGACUGCAACCGGAGUCUGACGGCUCAGGAGCUCUACCAAGUUGUUAUAGGUCCAUUGUUCAUAGACUUUGGCGUGGUGUGUGUGCAGUCAGUGUGUGUUCAGAAUCUGGAGCUGAUCAAUCAUCUGUCAGUAUUCGUGUGGGUGCAGGUGGAGGUGGACUGCCCUGAGCUGCAGGGCUCGUCACCCCUCUCCCACGUCCUGCCACCCCACUCCCUCACCAGCCUACCACUGACAUUUCAAAGCACCAAGCUGGGUGACUUCUGCAGACCUGUAUCCUACACUGUGAACCAGCAACACCCUGGUCAGAUACUGGUCCAGGCCCAAGUUGUCCCAUUGGCUCUGGAGCUGUCCACCACAAUGUUGGUGCUCCGCCCCAACCACACUCUGCUUGCCCAGUCAGGAUACAGAAGCUCAGUUACCCUUCGAAACCAGCGUAACCUCGCUGCAGAAUUCACAUGGAAACCAGUAGUGACAGAGAGUGGCAUCUUGUUCUCUAUUCGACCGGCUACAGGUACAGUGGAGCCAUACAAGCAGUUAGACUGUGAGGUGGUGUGGCAUCCGUCCUUCUCCUCCCCUUCAGAGGGAGACUUUGACCUCUGUGUCCAUGAGGGCAACACACAACGCCUGCACUGUGUGGCUAAGGUCGGGUCCACCAGUGUCCAGCUGGCAGACAAACAGGUCACAUUUGGAUCAGUGCCUCUAAACAUUCCCUCUAUCAGAACUGCAGUCUUGCACAACACUGGACAUAACCAUGCCUACUACCAGGUGCUAGAUGUGUGUCCUCUGCCAGGUAUGGUGGUGAGUCCAUCUGAGGGCGUUGUGCCAAGUGGGGGACAGGCUGCACUCAAAAUCCACUUCAACCCUGACUCUGUUAUCAAGUUUGACACCAGAGUGGAGAUCGCUCUGAGGAACAUGAAGUCCAUUGAGCUCAGAGUGGGCGGAUCAGUGGAGCCUCCAAAUGUAGACAUCAGUAUGUCAAAUUUCCAGUUUUAUGGAGUUUAUGCUGGUUCUCAGCGAGCGAUACAAUUCGCUCUGACAAACCACUCAUCAGCCACAGCCCGGGUUACCUUCGACUUGGCAGAACACACAGACUUCUCUUUACGCCUCCCUCAGCCCUCAGCGAUGAAGGAGCCAGGUGUGAGUGUUGUGGAGGUCCAGGGCGACCAGACAGUGGACUGUUCUCUUGUCUUCCUCCCAACCCAAGUGGCCAGUUACGACUUCAACCUGCUGCUGAUGGUCAAUGGAGUGAGAUGGCCCGCUACUUCUCUGCUUCCUUUCCGCACUCCAUCCUCUUCUUCCAUGUCGUCCUCUCUGUCAGCUGUCAGCAGGAAGCAUGUCGUCAAACCUCUUCACCAGUCUGUCACCAUGGCGACACAACGGUCACAGCGCGUACAGGCCACAGUGCUGUGCGCUCCACUGGAAAUGUUCCCCUCAAGCUUACAGUUCCAGGUGGAACUUCUGGCACCACUGUCUGAUGCUUAUAAUAAGACAGUGGAGCUGAAAGCAAUGAAUGAAGAAAGUGCGUUUUGGCGUCAGGGUGUCAGGAAACAUGUAAACUGGUGGUUUGACUGCAGAGCAAUUGCAGUACCAACAGAGCACAGAAGAGAGGGGGAGCUGUGUAUUGUGUCUCCACCAUCAGGGAGCCUGGGGCCUGGCCAGUCCAUCUGCUUGACGGUCAGUGUCAUCCCUGAGGCCAUCACUACAGGGUCUGGCAGAGUCACCAAAUUGUCCCUUCCUCUUUACCUGGGAUACGAGGAAGGGGAGGGGAUGGCAGGAGAGGAGGGACAUCAACCUUACAGAGAGCUGUCCAUCACUAUUAGCCUCAAGCUUCCCUGUAUCACCAUCUACCCCCCUCAAAUCCUACUUACACCAGUACCACUGGAAAGCAAUGCAACUGCCACACUCACCCUGCUGGCCUCAGGAUAUCCUAGUGGAACCAUGGUAUCAGCCGAAGUGGAUGAGGUGGAACUGGAGGAUGGGACAAAGAUACAGCCUGUCUCUGUCGUCUUUCCUGAGGGUAACAACAUCCCUGCACAAAACCAGGAUCAGAGACAUCCAGUAGGCAUUAAGAAGCAGGAGGCCUCUCUAAUCUGCAGUGUGUCCUUCAGCUCCACCAUCCCUCUGUCCCUCGGCACAACCAUCACCUUCACUGACCAUCUCCACAACAGGUUUAAGGUUAACUUGUCUGCUAUUGCUGACAACUGUUUGUUGACAGUUUGGCCUUACAUGGCCCUGCACCGCUCCGAGCAACAGAUAGUCCUCAAGACUGGGGCUACAGCUGUUGAGGCAAUCCUUCAGCGCUAUCACACACCAAGUCCUGCCUCUGGUCAGACUUCAUCGUCCUCUUCAUUGUUUGAUCACAACAGCUCAUCAAACAAGAACUCAGGCUCAGACUGUUUUCCAGACAGCGACAGUAUGAGUGGUCAGGCCAGCAGGGAUACAGACGUCUCUCCUAACAGAGACACCCCAAUCAAUCUCGGUGCCCCAGAAUUCCCUGCUGCCAACUCAGAGGAAGGACUGUAUUACCAUAAUGUAUUAUUGGCUGUGGAGAGGUGGUUCAGCCUCUUUGGGUGGCCAAAUAAACCACACCCUAUCUCUGUGCCACACACUCUCAGAAGGGUUGUGUCAAAAAUUCAAACGAAUCAUUCCAGUGGAAGGACUUAUCGAGUGAGUCAAACCAGAGACUCCAGGUCUGUAGUAGACAUGCUCCAUCACCUGACCGGCCAACAGAUUCCUGGUAUUCCUCGCUGUCAGACGUUCUCCAGUGAUAUAGAAAAGCGCACUAAUCAGCUGCUACAACAGCAUGAGGCUAUGCUUGCUUUCCUCAGGGUUCAGGGAGCCUGCCUUUGUCACAUCAGACCAGAGUACUUGCUCGACAUACAAGAGUUCAAACACAGGUGCUCCCUGCAGUCAAAGGAGGGAGAAUGUGGUCUGGACUACAGCAGUGUUGACUAUGAGUCUCUAAGCAAACGAUCCUGGACUGAUGUGCUGCUGCAGAUAUACAAGGUGCUGGUUUUGUGUCGUGUGUCAGAGAACGGUUUGAACACAACACUGAACCAUGACAACGUAGAUGGACUCCUCCCUGUCGGCUUACAGCCAGUGGCCAGUAACAUCUAUUCAUCCUGCGAGCUACGGUUGCUCUCAUGGCUCAACAUGCAUUACCAGACCAUGAGGAACACUGUGUGGGGAACAGGUGGUGUCCCAUCAGCACGCUGGAUAGUGAAUUUUGACCUGGACUUGACAGAUGGACUGGUGCUAGCUGCUCUGCUUGCUGCCUAUUGCCCUUACCUGAUCUGCAGCCACUUCCAGAGGAUGUAUACUACAACUGGCAGCCUGGAACAGAUCCUUCACAACAACAUAAUAUUGGUUCAAGCCUUAACUGCACUUUGUCUCAACCUAGAUGUACAGCCCACAGACUUGUCAGACCCCAAUCCAGUGCUGAUGUUAAUGCUGUGUGUUCACCUGUAUGAGAGGCUGCCUCAGUAUCUGCCAGUGCGCACCAUCACUCUGUCAGGAGCCCUGCACAGCACUUUCAGUAAACAGGUGCGCCUGAAAAGCCCAUCCUCUAAGCCAAUCAAAUACAAGGCCUUACUUGUAGGAGAAGAUGCCCAUCUCUUCUCCCUCCCUGAUGGAUCUACUGUCACCAUUACUCCAAAAACAAGCACUGAACUGACUGUCCAGUUCAGCUGCUCAAACAUGCAGCCCAUGAAGGCAGUGCUCCUUCUCAACUCCAAGUCUCCUUUUGGUCCCUGCGGCUCUACUCUUACCUUCAAUCUGAAGACCCAUGUCAGUCACAUCACACCCACAAACACUGUCAAGUGCAAGUCUCCAUGUUACCAGCCAAAAGUUAUCGAAGUGCCCAUAAUGAACCCUUUCAAUAAAGAUGCUAAGUUCAGGGUGGUGCUGGUGGAGUCUCCGCUCAACCCACUGGAGCCCGAAAAGAAUAAAGACAGCCUCGUUCAAGAGGCAUCUUCCGAAGCCAAUAUGAAGAAAAUGACUUCACACAAGAGCUAUGGGGAGGAGAUUGAAGGGAAAUGCUCAGAUGUCAAUGGUGAAGGCAGCGAGUUCAUGAGUACAGCGAGGAGUGUUUGUCUGAAGGCAGGCCAAGCAGACACUCUGAACAUCCACUACCUGCCCUUCUGCCCAGGUACCAAGUACUGCUCUGUGCUGCUGGUCUGCCCGCAGGUGGGAGAUAUGGUCUACAUGGUGAAGGCCACAGCGGAAUUGCCUCUUCCUUCCCCUCUCACUGCAAGGCCCAGUUCUAACUUACUCUCCAUCCCCAGCAACUCUGUAGACCCAGCUGUGUGUGUAAAAUUACUAAGCCUGCACUGCAAGGUGGGGCAGGUUUGUGAGGAGUUGCUGCGUGUGCCUCUGAUCAAUAUGGCCCGGGAGCAAGCUCUGGCCUUCUGGGGUCAGUGCAGCAUGAGUGCCGAUGAACACAGGAGACGGAUUCUUACACACACUUUGCAUAGCAGCACCGUGAGGGCAACCACAGCUGUACGCAAGCUUUUCAGGCAACAGGCACAACUUCUAAGAGGUUCUCACCACAGUAAAGAGAUAGAGUACAGUGUGGAGGUUUCUUUGCCACAAUACUUUGCUUUACCAAGCACUGUUACAAUACCUCUAAAGGACGACACCAACAUACCAUGGGAAAAUCCCGCAGACUGUGGUUGUGUGGACAUCCCACUACAGUUCCAGGCUGACUCUGUGGGGCAAUUUACAUGUCAGGUGGUCCUGAGGUCCUGGUGUGAUACCAGGGUCUAUGUGCUAGAGGCACUUGUUACAUCACAGGGAGGAUCGGUCCAUUUGAACUUCAGUUCACCGGCACACCGCUCAGUCACACAAGACUUACCACUGCACAAUGAGACCCACCAAGACUGGAAAAUGCAAGCUGAUGUGAAUGGUGAAGGAUUUUCCGGCCCGAAGGUUUUGAAUGUGCCAGCAGGGACAAGAGCCUGCUACCCCCUCACCUUUCACCCCUCUUCACCAUGCAUUGUCACGGGCAAGCUGUCCUUACAUAAUGACUGCGACGGAACUGAGCACGUGUGUAACCUCAGAGGAGUGGGAGAGCGCCCCCUGCCUGUGGACCAUGUGGUAUUACAGUGCUCUGUAGGUCAAACCACUUACACAAAGAUCGAUGUCCCUAACUACAGCCAGAAAAAACUAACUCUCAAGGUGGUGACAGACCUAUCCUUUGUGAGUGGCCCCCCCUCUCUGGAGAUUAAACCUGGUCGCAGCGCUCCAUACACCCUGACUGUGUCAUCACUGAAACGAGGAAAAGAGACAGGCUGUGUUUCAUUUCUCGAAAUUAAUAACAAGCAGGAUGCAGACAAGCACAAAGGAGAUGUACUGGGAUGCUACGAGGUGCAUUUCUCUCUAGAGAUAAUUUGUGAGCCAGCAGCGCCCAUCAAGGUCAUAGAUGUACAGUGUGCUGCUCAGAGCUCAGUUGCCAUAGAGAUCCCUGUCAAAAACCCUCGAGGAGAGCAGCUGAUGCUGGAUGUGUACCUGGAAGGAGACGACCUGAGUGGGGCCAACUGGGUUUCUAUUCCCCCAGGGGGGACUCUUGCCUACAAAGUUACGUUCUCCCCUGGCAAAGUAGGAAAGAGCACAGGCAGUGUGGUGUUCCAGUCAGAGCUGUUGGGGGAGUUCUGGUAUCAGCUGGAGCUUUAUGCUCUUCCUCCUCCAGUCAUCAUGCUACCACAGACCUGCUGUCAGCUGGGCAAAUGGACCCGCCAGACCAUUCCCAUGGUUAACCCAACGGCUGAGCCUCUGGAGCUGAUUGUAGCCAACAGCAACCCUAGAAAUUACACACUGGAAAUGGAAACAGGAAGUACUCUUGUUGUGGAGCCCCACUCCUCCACCCAGCUUGGUGUCCGUUUUAGUCCCUCAUCCAUCGGAGAGGGGAACCACAUGGCAAAGAUCACUUUCACUUGCCCUCAGUUGCAGGAAUGGUGUGUGUUGUUGAGUGGGCGUGGCCUCAUUCCAGACAGCGAGGAGCCUCUGAGCAUCUCAUCCUUGGUUGGCUCCAACUCCUCCGUCAUCAUUCCCUUCACAAAUCCUACUGAGCUCGAGGUCGUGCUAAAUAUCACACUCACAGAUGAGGAUCCGAAUGGGGCCCCAAGCUACCAUCGAGUCACUACAGACAAUAAGGUCUUCUCUAUCCCUCUGAGCCAUACUGAAGGUAUACAGAUCCAUGAAGGGGCCAGUUUUAAUGUGCCUGUCGUGUUUGCACCGACCUCUAUGGAGCUACAACAGGCCUGGCUAUGCAUCACUAUGAAGCCCUGCAGCAGCAAAAACUGUACAAAUAACGUGAGGUCAGAGCAGGAGUUGUCAACCAUCUGUUGGAUUUACCCUAUCUGUGGGAUUCCCAUGGAGGUGCCUGUUGAGAACUCUCCACUUGGCUUGGUCCACUGUGAAGCCGGCUGCCAGCUGGAAAGGGAAGUGGACGUACUGCUCACUGGAUGUGUGCCGGGGAAUCAAGACCGGAAAGGACACAAGGGUUCCCAGGUGAUGGUAGAAGACUUCCUGUGCACAGUUCGUUCAGACAGCGAAACAGAGCGCUCAGGGGCGGAGGACUGCCUUUCUGCCUCCGCCGUGGCAGCGAGGAGAGACCCUGAAACUGGCAUCAUAACUCUCACCCUUAAUCUUGUCUACACUCCCCUCAGGCCAUGCAGGUGCUCAGCGGUCUUAGCUGUGCAGUGUGUGUCAGGCGGGAUCUGGGAGUUUCCCGUCACUCUCACUGCCACAGAGCCUAAAGUGGAUGAUGUCAUUUUCACCAAAGCCACUGAGUUGGGCAAGACUUCAGCUGUGGGCUUCCGUCUGACCAGCACCACCAGGAGGUCAGAGCCGUUCACAGCAGCGUUCUCACCAGGCAGCAGCAGUGAGUUCACAGUGACUCCAGUGUCGGGUAUGUUACCUCCUGUUGGCUCGACUGGAGCCCUCAUCACUGUGUCCUUCACACCCAUCACAAACAACGAGCACAGAGCAAGACUAACUGUCCAGGCAGCAGACAUGCAGUGGACCUACCAGGUGAGAGGGAAAACCCUUCAUAACUCCCCACCCAUCUGUACCACAUCCACCAAUGGCAGCUCUUCUGUGCUCCGUCCAGCCAAUGAACGGCAGCGCAACUUUGUGACUCGGAACCUACGGCUUCCUGCCCUGGCUAACUCGUCCCCUCUCAAAGCCCGCAGAUAAAGGACAUCCUCACUCCCUCAUACAAGCUAAGGAUCGUCAUUUUAAAAAAAAUUUAUGUUUAAAUUAUAUCCAUGCUUGCUUUUUCAUCCAGCAACAUGCACAACACAAUGUCACAUUCAAAGAGAUACCUCUAUAUUUUGUAAAUUAGCUGUUUGGCCAGGCACAUUGCCAUACGGUGGUGAUGGGUCUCACCUUUCGUCCUUUCUCUGAUAAUAGCUCAUUAGUCGUCUUAGCGUUUUCAUUAGCAGUCCCAAUGAGCUUUUUUUUUGCCAAUACAAGAUGUUUUUUGUCUCCCUUGUGAAGGAAAUUUUUGUCAAAUACAAAUGAACAUCAAUUUUUGAAAACUCUUGAAAAAAAAUGUGCCCAGUCCUCUUUACUUGAUUUUAAAUCAGCGUUCAUCACUGCUAAUAGAUCUUUUAUUGUAA